CGGCGGCCGGCGGCGGCGGCAGCGGCGGCGCGGCGGCUUCGGGGCUGCGGGGAGCGGCGGCCGCGCCAUGGGGUCCUCGGAAUCACAAUGAGGACCUAGGGCAUUGGCCUGUUGACUAUCCCCCCUGGCCUGGAGUGACCAUGGCCCCCCGCAAGAGGAGCCGCCAUGGCCUGAGCUUCUUGUGCUGCUUUGGGGGCAGCAGCCUCCCUGAGAUCAACCUCCGGGACAACCACCCUCUGCAGUAUAUGGAGUUUUCAAGUCCUAUCCCGAACCCAGAGGAGCUCAACGUCCGCUUCGCAGAGCUGGUGGAUGAAUUGGAUCUCACCGACAAGAACCGAGAGGCUGUGUUUGCACUGCCUCCGGAGAAGAAAUGGCAGAUCUACUGCAGCAAGAAGAAGGAGCAGGAGGACCCCAACAAAUUGGCGACCAGCUGGCCUGACUAUUACAUUGACCGCAUCAACUCUAUGGCGGCGAUGCAGAGUCUGUAUGCCUUUGAUGAGGAAGAGACGGAGAUGAGGAACCAAAUUGUGGAAGACCUGAAGACAGCUCUCCGGACACAACCCAUGAGGUUCGUGACUCGCUUCAUUGAGCUGGAGGGUUUGACCUGUCUGCUGAAUUUCCUCCGGAGCAUGGACCACGCCACCUGUGAAAGUCGUAUCCACACCUCCCUCAUCGGUUGCAUCAAGGCUCUUAUGAACAACUCCCAGGGGCGGGCGCAUGUGCUGGCGCAGCCAGAGGCCAUCAGCACCAUUGCGCAGAGUCUGCGCACAGAGAACAGCAAGACCAAGGUGGCCGUGCUGGAGAUCCUGGGUGCUGUGUGCUUGGUUCCUGGCGGCCACAAGAAGGUGCUGCAGGCCAUGCUCCACUACCAGGUGUACGCAGCUGAGCGGACCCGCUUUCAGACACUGCUGAAUGAGCUAGACCGAAGUUUGGGCCGGUACCGGGAUGAAGUGAAUCUGAAAACAGCUAUCAUGUCCUUCAUCAAUGCUGUCCUCAAUGCUGGAGCUGGAGAGGAUAAUCUGGAGUUCCGCCUUCAUCUACGGUAUGAGUUCCUGAUGCUGGGGAUCCAACCUGUGAUUGACAAACUCCGGCAGCAUGAGAAUGCCAUCCUGGACAAGCAUUUAGACUUCUUUGAGAUGGUGCGGAAUGAGGAUGACUUGGAGCUAGCCAGGAGGUUUGACAUGGUCCACAUUGAUACCAAGAGUGCUUCCCAGAUGUUUGAGCUGAUCCACAAGAAGCUAAAGCACACUGAGGCCUACCCCUGCUUGCUGUCUGUUUUACACCACUGUCUGCAGAUGCCCUACAAGCGGAACGGUGGCUACUUCCAGCAGUGGCAGCUCCUGGACCGAAUCCUUCAGCAGAUUGUCCUCCAGGAUGAGAGGGGUGUGGACCCUGACCUGGCUCCCCUGGAGAACUUCAACGUCAAGAACAUUGUCAACAUGCUCAUCAAUGAGAAUGAGGUGAAACAAUGGCGAGACCAGGCAGAGAAGUUCCGGAAAGAACACAUGGAGCUGGUGAGCAAGCUGGAGAGGAAGGAGCGAGAAUGUGAGACAAAAACAUUAGAGAAGGAAGAGAUGAUGCGGACACUGAACAAGAUGAAGGACAAGCUGGCUCGAGAGUCCCAGGAGCUGCGCCAGGCUCGAGGACAAGUGGCAGAGCUGGUAGCCCAACUCAGUGAAAUCUCAACAGGACCAGUAUCUUCCCCGCCUCCCCCUGGGGGCCCACUUACCUUGUCUUCCUCAAUGACAACCAAUGACCUGCCUCCACCUCCGCCCCCUCUCCCAUUUGCCUGCUGUCCCCCACCUCCACCACCACCUCUUCCACCUGGUGGGCCUCCCACUCCUCCUGGUGCCCCACCAUGCUUCAGCAUGGGCCUGCCUCUCCCUCCAGACCCCUGCCCCAGCAGUGAUAUCCCACUCAGGAAGAAGUGUGUUCCCCAGCCUUCCCAUCCACUGAAGUCCUUCAACUGGGUCAAGCUGAAUGAGGCACGUGUCCCUGGCACCGUAUGGAAUGAGAUUGAUGACAUGCAGGUAUUUCGGAUUCUGGACCUAGAGGACUUUGAAAAAAUGUUUUCAGCUUAUCAGAGGCACCAGGAGCUGAUAACUAAUCCUUCUCCACAGAAAGAGCUGGGCUCCACAGAGGACAUCUACCUGGCCUCCCGCAAAGUCAAAGAGCUGUCUGUCAUUGACGGCCGAAGGGCACAGAACUGCAUCAUCCUUCUCUCCAAGUUGAAGCUUUCUAAUGAGGAGAUCCGGCAGGCCAUCUUGAAGAUGGAUGAACAGGAGGACCUCGCUAAGGACAUGCUGGAGCAGCUCCUCAAGUUCAUUCCAGAGAAAAGCGACAUCGACCUCCUCGAGGAGCACAAGCAUGAGAUAGAGCGGAUGGCCCGCGCUGACCGCUUCCUCUAUGAAAUGAGCAGGAUCGACCACUAUCAGCAGCGACUGCAGGCCCUGUUCUUCAAGAAGAAGUUCCAGGAGCGACUGGCUGAGGCAAAGCCUAAAGUGGAAGCCAUCCUGCUGGCCUCCCGGGAGCUGAUCCGCAGCAAGCGUCUAAGGCAGAUGCUUGAGGUCGUCUUGGCCAUCGGCAACUUCAUGAACAAAGGGCAGCGUGGGGGAGCCUAUGGGUUCCGGGUGGCCAGCCUCAACAAGAUUGCAGAUACCAAGUCCAGCAUUGACAGAAACAUCUCUCUGCUCCAUUACCUGAUCAUGAUCCUGGAGAAGCACUUCCCUGACAUCCUGAACAUGCCCUUGGAGCUACAGCAUCUUCCAGAAGCCGCCAAAGUCAACCUGGCAGAGCUGGAGAAGGAGGUGGGCAACCUCAGGAGGGGCCUCCGAGCAGUUGAGGUGGAGCUGGAAUACCAGAAGCGCCAGGCACGGGAACCAAAUGACAAGUUUGUCCCAGUCAUGAGUGACUUCAUCACCGUCUCCAGCUUUAGCUUCUCAGAGCUGGAAGACCAGCUGAAUGAGGCCAGGGACAAGUUCUCCAAGGCCCUGAUGCACUUUGGGGAGCAGGACAGCAAGAUGCAGCCAGACGAAUUCUUUGGAAUCUUCGACACCUUCCUGCAGGCCUUCUCGGAGGCCCGGCAGGACCUGGAGGCCAUGAGGAGGAGGAAAGAGGAGGAGGAACGGCGGGCACGCAUGGAAGCCAUGCUGAAGGAGCAGCGGGAGCGGGAGCGGUGGCAGAGGCAGCGGAAGGCCCGUGCGGGCAGCGCGCUGGAGGAAGGUGGCGAGUUCGAUGACCUGGUGUCAGCGCUGCGCUCCGGGGAAGUGUUUGACAAGGACUUAUGCAAGUUAAAACGCAGCCGCAAGAGGUCGGGGAGCCAGGCCCUGGAAGUCACCCGGGAACGGGCAAUAAGCAGGCUAAAUUAUUGACCUGGGGACUGGCCGCAGCAUGAGGCAGGAGACGGGGUGGGCCAAGGGGCUGAGCGGAGACGGCCGGGAUCCUUAGACAAUGUGGUGCUCGGUUUAAACGAGCCCUGGGC